GUUAGAGGGACUGCAAUCGCUAUCAUGUGUUAUCGUUACUUCUGCUGCUCCUAACGUAUGACAGUUUUAUAUAACCUUCAACAUGAAUGAUUAUAAUAAAUAAUAAGUUAAAAUAUAAAUAACUGACUGUAUGUAACACAUUGAUUUCUGAAGUGAAAAUGUUAUUUUAAAUGUUACAUAAAAUUUUAUAAUUUAUUUAUAACGAAGCUCUAUAUUUAGUAAGCAAUCAAGAAGAAAAAAGGAAACAAAAACAAUUAGGAUGAAUUUUAUGUCAUUAUGUCAUAUUUGAUUUUUAAUAUGCAUUCUGCUUUAGUACAAUCCUCAUUUAAAUACAGCAUGGUAAAAUGGUCACCAGCACAGCUUUAUUCAACAAAGCAAAAUAUGAAAUCGUCAAAGAAUCAUUAUAAUACAUUGAAAAUCACACCACAUGCUACUCAGAAUGAGGUGAAAUCAGCAUAUUAUAAAUUAACUCUACAAUAUCAUCCUGAUAAAAAUAAAAGUGAGCAUGCGAAACAAAAAUUUCAAGAUAUCUCAGAAGCUUACCAAGUUCUUAGCAGUCAUGAAUUGCGCAAAAAUUAUGAUCGACGUAUGAUGCUUUAUCAGCGACCAGUGUCAGCUACCAGUGAGGAAUCUAACCCUCAAUACAAAAGCAAGGUUUAUUCAGGAACUUCAAAAAUCUAUAAUUUUGAUGCAUGGACACAGGCACAUUAUGGAAAACAAAUAUAUAGAAACAAUAUGAGGAAAAAAAUUUACGAGGACUAUCUAAAAAUGGAAGAGAUAAGAUAUCCUAAGGAGGAACCUCAAUAUCUAGGAUAUAUUCUACUUUUGUUCACUAUAAUGAUAAUAGCUUGGGCUUGUCAAGAAAGUGUUGAUGUGCCGGCACCUAAGAAACCUAAAGCAAAAGAUAAAAAUAAUGAUUAAUCAAUGUAUUUAGUUAAAUUGUAUAAAUUUGUUUUUACUAAAUGUACAA